GAGUUGAAACAUUCUGCAUUUGAUUUCACACCGGCAAAAUGGCUCUAACAAUUCAAAUGACGAAUGAACAACUUCGUGAGCUAAUCGCAACAGUGAGAUCUAUUGCCGAGAGUGCUGCUGGCAAUUCUGUUGUCGCCAGUGGAGACGCCUCCAGUGCCAAGACAAAGGGAAGCUUCAGCAAUUGCACACACAGAUUCGGCGGUGCUCGCAGUCAUGACAAAGUCGAGGAGUUCAUUACUAACGUGGUCACCUACAAGGAGCUGGAAGAGAUCAGCGAUGAGAACGCCCUCAAGGGCAUUUCGCUGCUCUUCUUUGGCAUCGCCUCCACCUGGUGGCAGGGCGUUCGCAAGGAGGCCAAGACCUGGAACGACGCCAUCGGUCUCAUCCGCGAACAUUUUUCGCCCACAAAGCCCGCCUACCAGGUGUACAUGGAGUUCUUUGAGAAGAAGCAGGAGGAUGCCGUGGCCGUUGACACAUUUGUGGUGGAGAAGCGGGCGCUGCUCGCUCAGCUGCCCGAGGGUCGCCACAAUGAGGAGACUGAGCUGGACUUUCUCUAUGGUCUAUUGAAUAUUAAGUACCGCAAACAUAUUUUAAGGCAAAGUGUGAAAACAUUCCGGGAAUUACUCGAACUGAGUCGUAUCAUUGAACACAAUAGCCAGGAGAAUGAGUUUAAAGCUACGGAUCCGCCUUGUGGAGCUUGUCGAAUGAAGGAUUGUACCCACUGUUGGCGUUAUUGCGCCAAAAUUGACACUUUUAUUCCUUUUGACGCAAUUGAACUUGGAACUCAUUACUUAGUUGCAAACAAACAACUUAAAAAGCUAUAAAUAGUAAAAU